GGUGCCAUUGAUUUCAACCAUGGCUUGACUGUGGUGAGCUUUUAGAGGUCUCAAUAAGGACACAUGUCAACACUCCAACGCUAUGAGUCAUCCCUGACCUCAGCUCCUUAAUUUCCUCGCUUUCUUCAAAACGCAGCCAACAACCCAAUGGACCAGGAUAGUCAUGCUCUCCUUCCUUUCUUCCUCAACCACCUCUCCCCUCCUUUAUCUCUCUAGAAAACUCUCUCUUCAAACGCUAACAAGAAAUCUCUCACACACAACCAUGGCAAUAAACUUGCAGACCCAUGCCUUCGCCGGCAAUCCUUUGAAAGCCAAGACCCCAAAACCCGAAGACCCAUUUUCACCAAUCUCAGCCCUUGAAACCCUCAGGACCCAGCUCUCAGAUGCCACCCAUCGCCUCUCUUCCCCUACUUUCAAGGUCCUGCCUUUCAGGAAAGGCAGGCCCUUGGCAUCUUCCAGUGGUGGGCUCGGUGACUCGGCACCAAAUUGGCAACUGGGCUGGAUUGGUUUGACUGAUUGCAAGGGUUACUUGGCCAAUUCUGGGGUCCAGCUCAGUGAGGACUCGUUGGUGUACCUGGGUUCGAGGCCUGACGACGAUGUCGUCUAUUGGGGAAUUGAUGUUUCAGGUGAGGGCGGUCUGGUGCCGGAGUUUGGGAGCAAGCAGCUCAGCUUUGUGGAGCUGAGGACGUUAAUGGUGGCAACCGAUUGGGCCGACGAGCAAGCUAUGGGGGAAUUGGCUAUUGCUGGUCAUGCCAGGGCAUUGCUAGAAUGGCAUAGCAUAUCGCGCUUUUGUGGAUAUUGUGGAGAGAAAACAGUCCCCAUGGAAGCUGGGAGGCGGAAGCAAUGUUCAAAUGAGUUAUGCAAAAAGAGGAUUUACCCUCGUGUUGAUCCGGUUGUCAUCAUGUUGGUCAUAGAUAGAGAGAAUGACCGUGCACUCUUAAGCCGACAAUCAAGAUUUGUACCCCGAAUGUGGAGUUGCUUAGCUGGUUUUAUAGAACCAGGAGAAAGCUUGGAAGAGGCAGUGAGAAGAGAAACAUGGGAAGAGACUGGUAUUGAAGUAGGAGAAGUUGUAUAUCAUAGUUCUCAACCAUGGCCUGUGGGACCAAGUAGCAUGCCAUGCCAGCUGAUGGUUGGCUUUCAUGCAUAUGCAAAAUCACUAGAGAUAAACGUGGACAAGGAGGAGUUGGAAGAUGCUCAGUGGCACAGCAGAGAAGAUGUGAAAAAAGCUUUGGCAUUUGCCGAAUACAAAAAAGCUCAAAAAACUGCAGCAGUCAAGGUAGAACAGAUGUGCAAGGGGGUUAAGAAAGAACAGAGCUUUGCUGCAGAUUUCAACGUGGAAAGUGGUGAGCUUGCUCCCAUGUUUAUCCCUGGGCCAUUUGCUAUUGCUCAUCAUCUCAUCUCUUCCUGGGUCUACCAAGAUACAAUAAUCAAUGGUGUUGAAGCUCGUUUCAAACAACCUAGUGGUUCUACUUCUUCUAUGUCCAGUUUGUAGUAGCGGCUCAAUUCUUUCUUAAGAUAGCAUGAAAUCCAGAAUCCCACAUUCAUGGAAUGAUUUUCUUUUUGAUCAUCAAAGAUUCAAAGGUCAGCCACCUAUAUAUAUAUAUAUAUAUUGUUUCCCAAGAUGGUAAAUAGAUUCUACAGCCUCUGAAAUGAGAAAGAGAGAGCUGUUCUCUUUCUUUCAAUUAUUUUUUAUUUUUAUUUUUAUUUUGCAGUCGUGGAUUUCCAUUCUUUUUACUCAUAUUACACUCAUUUGUCCUCAAAAGAACUUUCAAUUAUGAAUUGACGUGAUAAUUUAUUGUAAUGGCAAAUGUAUCCUAUUUGACCUUUUGAUUACAUAAUGGAGGCAAUGAGCAGUCGGUUUUGAA